UGUUCUCGUAUCUUAGGAGCAUGGAGUUAUGCUGUCAUCAUUGGAGGUGUGUGUAUGUUUUGCAAACCCAAAAGAUGCAAAGUAAUACUCUUUUUGCAUUGAGAGCCUCCUACUUGGACAUGUUCAGUGAUAGAUUGGUAUGGCUUGAUUUUUCUAUUUGUAGAGAGAGUUUAAGAGAUAAAGAAAACAAGGGAACAGCACUGAGCAGUGGCGUGCCCAGUCCCAAUCCAUGGCCUAAGGUGGGAAGUCUUGACAAAAUGGCAAUGAGGCUUCUGUUGGGUCAGCCUGGGUUAAGGACUGAGGUCACUAUGCACUUCCUCGUGUGGUGCUGGUAUCGAAACAGCUCAAGUGCAGACACACUGUCUUGCCCUCAGGCAGCUGAGUGGGCCCACACAAAUGGCACCAUUUUGGAAGCCAUUGGCUUGCACACAAUUAUGCUUGCAUACCAGUCAUACUCCUCGUUCUUCUCUUUUUCCUCAUUAAGGGCACCACCUUAUUCCUAAAUAGGAGAGUCCUCAGGCAUAAAAUCAAAUAGAGUAAGAAAUAUGCAGACACCAAUAACUCAUUAUCUUGGCAUCUCAACAUUCAU